AUGCACCGUCACUCUCCGAUUCAUCAGAAAACCCUCACCAUCCUUAUCCCACAUUGUGCUGACCCGGCUGAGGUUUUAGCCCCGAGGGUUUUGAAUCGAAUCGCCAUGUUGGAUCGGAUCCUCGGCCCGCUCAGGGCCCGACGGGCUCAGCACCUCCUCCAGAGGGGCAAGCUAACCCUGCUCUGCCUCUUUCUUACAAUCCUCAUGCUGCGAGGAAACCUAGGCGCCGGAAAUUUCGGUACGCCGGAGAAGGACCUCGACGAAAUCCGUGAAACCUUUUCCUACAUCCGCCGGCGGGCCGAGCCCCGCCGCGUACUGGAGGAGUUUUCGACGGUCUCUACGCCGGUUCGGGAGGAGCCGAAGCAGAGCGUGGACAAUAAUUACGCUGAAUUCGACAUUACCAAAAUUUUCAAGGACGAGGAAGAUGGGGUCGAGGAAUUCAAGCGCGAUCCGUCCCAGCCGUACACACUCGGACCGAAAAUCACGAAUUGGGAUCGGCAGAGAUCUGAAUGGCUCAAAAAGAACCCAAAUUUUCCCAAUUUCCUGACGGAGACCAAACCUAGGGUUUUGCUGGUGACUGGUUCAUCCCCCAAGCCGUGUGAGAACUCCGUGGGCGAUCAUUACCUGCUGAAAUCCAUAAAAAACAAAAUGGAUUACUGCAGGCUUCACGGGAUGGAGAUUUUCUACAACAUGGCCCUGCUAGAUGCCGAGAUGUCCGGUUUUUGGGCCAAGUUGCCGUUGAUCCGGAAGCUUCUGCUCUCUCACCCAGAGGUUGAGUUCUUGUGGUGGAUGGAUAGUGAUGCCAUGUUCACGGACAUGGCCUUCGAGAUACCUUGGGAUAGGUACAAGGAUCAUAAUCUAGUAAUGCACGGUUGGAAGGAAUUGGUAUAUGAUGAAAAGAAUUGGAUCGGGCUGAACACGGGGAGUUUCUUGCUGAGAAAUUGCCAGUGGUCUUUGGACAUUCUGGACACGUUGGCCCCAAUGGGCCCCAAGGGGAAGAUUCGGGACGAAGCGGGACAGCUCCUGACACGGGAGCUCAAGGGCCGGCCUGUUUUCGAGGCGGACGACCAGUCUGCCAUGAUUUACAUACUCAUGACCCAAAGAGAUAGAUGGGGGGAUAAGGUUUAUCUGGAGAAUAAGUAUUAUUUGCAUGGCUAUUGGGGGAUCUUGGUGGAUAAGUAUGAGGAGAUGAUCGAGAACUACCAUCCGGGCUUUGGUGACCACAGGUGGCCACUCGUGACUCACUUUGUGGGCUGCAAGCCAUGUCAGAAAUUUGGGGAUUAUUCUGUCGAGAGGUGCUUGAAGCAGAUGGAUCGCGCAUUUAAUUUUGGGGAUGAUCAGAUUUUGCAGAUGUACGGUUUUAGUCAUAAGUCACUUUCUAAUAGGGGAGUCAAAAGGAUUAGGAAUGAGACGAGUAAUCCUCUUGAGCUGAGGGAUGAACUUGGUUUGCUUCAUCCAGCAUUUAAGGCAGUGAAGGUGGUGUAA